GCACAGAAUGCGCGGGGCUGCGAAGGACCUACCGAGCGAAUUCUGGAUGGGGGUUCCUGAGAGGAGAAGACGAGAUUCGGAGGGAAUCUCUUUCAAUUCGUUG